AUCAGCUGCAGAAAAUGCAAAUAUGUCGCUUGUCGAUUUGUGAAAUUAGUUUAAGCUCCAGAUAUUUGUGAAAAAAACGUUCUAAGCUAGUAUUAAAUUUGUGUGACUUAACAAAGAUUCAAAGACAUUAUACUGUUACAUUCGUGGGUGCUGAAAAAAAGCCAAAACAUUGCCGUUUGCCGAGGUGUUUUUGGACAGAACUUUUUUUUUGUUUGUGGUUUGUCCAUAUAACUUUUAUUCCGUGGCUGGUGUGGAAAAUACGCAACCUCACUGUCGCGGAUUGAGUGCGGUUGUUUAAAGUGAGAGUAGAAAUCAGGCACGAUUACUAACUCGGAUAGUUUAGGCGUUAAGUGGGCAAACGGAGAAGCAGCAUCAGCAUGACCGAUAACUGGGUCGGAAAGUCGGUAUCGAUCCACUGCCAGGGGGAUAUCGGGGUGUUUCAAGGGGUCAUCAAACAGGUCAACCCACAAGAGAUUACCAUAACUAAGGUGGUCCGGAAUGGGAUCCCGCUGAAGAAUUCCAGCAUGCAGGUGACGCUGACCAGCAAAAAUAUCACCAAGCUGGACAUCAUCGAGUGCAGCAAUGUUCCGAGCCUGGCGUUACCUGUGAAGGUGGUUCAGCAGCAGCAGCAACAGAAUCAAAUAUUUGAUGAUUCCAUCACCAAUGACCUGGAAGGGCUGAAGAUAGUAAAUGGUGAUAGUGGAGGAAAUGGCAAGCUUCAGAACCCGAAUGGAAGCCGUAACAAAACUCCUAUCAACGGAAAACAAUCCUCCAAAUCUCCUGGGCCGAACAAAUAUAAUAAUGGCAAUCAGCAACAGCAGCAGAAGAACGGAUUUGAGAUGGGAUCGGCCAAAAGUACCAGUCGACCAAUUGAGAUUAACAACUCCAACAAAACCAACAAUUCGGUGGCAUCGAGCAGAAAUGAUUCCAACCAGAAUAAAAAGAAAACCCGUAACAACAACGGUAACGGCAACGGAAGUAAUGGGAACGGAGGAUAUACUCGUUACAAUAAAAAUUCCGCCUUCGGCACCCCAGUCGAUGAUCCGAUGAUGGGUGAGGAUUUCGACUUUGAGAAAAAUCUUGCCCUUUUCGACAAACAAGCCAUUUGGGAUGAGAUCGAAUCGAUCCAGCAGAAACCGGACUUGGUCCGGCAGACAGUUUCCUCGGCGAAGAAAAAAUAUCGCCACGAUGAAAAUGUCCUCGCCUCGGAGCCGCCCCAAUACAGGCAGAUCGAGCUGGAAUCGUCCGUUCAACUCGCUGCAAACGGCCAGUCCAGUCAGGAGUUUCUUACCGAUGAUGGUCUGGUCAUACCGUCGAUUCCUCGCGCCACUCGCAACCUGAUCCAGCAGCAAGCCGAAAACCACGGCCUGGCGAUGGAGCGCCAAAAUGAUCUCCUGGCCCGGGGCGCCUCGGAAAUUGCCCUGCAACUGCUGGGUGGCUCCCGCCGGUUGAACCCGGCCAACCAGCACCAGUGGCCCAAGAUUGUCGUCGUCUGCGACGAACCGUACAAUGCGAGACUGAGCGAGGUUGGCAUCGCCACGGCACGGCUGCUUGCCUGCCACGGACUUAAGGUGGUCGUGUAUGUGUCCUGCGCUACCAAAUCGACCCGCACUAGCCACGAGCUGGAGCUGUACGCGGCCACCGGGAAUCUCUUUACUUUUAAUGCAAAUGCGCUUCCAUCGUGUGAUUUAGUGAUUGCCGCGAUCAAAUCGCGGCAACUGGCGGAACCACUCCGCAAAUGGCUCUCGGAGAGCCGGGCCCCGGUGCUGGCCGUGGACCCGCCGGCCGGUGGCCUAGACUCCGUACCGGUGAAAUGUUCCAUCCUACCGAUCAUGCCGCUGGCGGACCUCGGCCCGGAGUCGGCCACCGGUCGGCUGUACCUGUGCAACCUGGGCAUUCCGGAUAGGUUCUUCAACGAUUCCGGCAUCAAGUACAAAUCUCCCUUCGAUAAGGCCGUCAUUCCGAUCCAUCGGCGAAAACAGUAAGCCACUCGUUGUGGUGUGGCCGGCGAGUAAAACUCAACGAGCCGGCGCCCCCAACAGCCAAACAAACCAAGACAAAGACUAGCAACAAUGGGAAGUGGAGAGGGGAAAACUGAAAUUGCAUUUUAACGCCGCGUGUCUCUCUGUCGCCGAGAUCGAGAUUCUGGUGUCUUUUUUCACACGAGGGAUCGUUUUUAACAUUUCUGGACGGGAUCGAGGAAACAGAGAGAGAAAUAAACGCAGCCGAUACUCAACAAACGCAACGAACAAUGGUUAUCUAGAAAAUGAAGAAAAAAUUUAACGUUUCCUCCAGAGUUUUUAAAAGAGAUUAAAUUGCUGUAGCGGAAAAUCCAACCGCCUUAAGGAUAAGUACCGCACCCAAAGAGCACACCAAACUAUGGCAAUAAAUUCAUCUACAAAUGGUAAAGACCU